AUGGGCAACUCGAUGAGCUGCUUCGAAAGAUGGGGCAAAAGGGCCCCCGACGGCGCCCUUUUUGCCCCCAAAAAGAGAAAUGCAGAUAACCCCAGAAGCCCCUCCGUCUUUGCUGUCCCCACAACUGCUGCUGCUGCUGCUGCGAACGGCGCAGCAGCAAAGAAGGCCCCCGUGCCCAAGGCCACUUCCCCCGUGGAAAGAAGCAACAGACGCCGCCAGACCUACAGCAGCAACGCUGCGAAAGCCGCAGACACUGAAGUCAGCAGCUACGACGAAGAAGACGACUUCGACGAGACCGACGAGGAGGAGCUGACGACGAGCGACGUGCGGCAAAAGAAGCUGCUGGCCUACCGGCGCUCGCUGACCAAAAUUGUGAAGCUGAAGACGCACUUGUUCAACGCCACCGUCAAAGUGACCUGCUCCCGCGACGGCAAGGAGGUCGAGUGGUACAAGGGGCACUCCGGCGAGGGCGGCAAGGGGAAAGCUGUGGGGUCCCUGCCCGUCGAGAAAAUCACUUCCGUCAAGGCGCAGCAAGACAACCCGAAGGGGUUAACCAUAAACGUGAACAAUCCUUCGCCGACGACUUUCUCCUUCACCUUCAAGACAAAGGAGGAAAGAGAGUCUUGGGAGAAGCAGCUGGAGUCUUUGCAGAAGUUUAUGGCAAUGAUUUGA